CUCGGCCGCCCUCUAGUGGCGGAAUGGAACCAGGCGCCCUGCCGCUCUCGGUCCGGCUGCGCGAGGCUCUGUCGGGCGGAGAGUGCGAGUAAGCGCAUGUGUGAAUGCACCUGUUCACGUGUACACGUGAAUUUCUCUAGCGGCUUCUCCCUCUUUUCUUCGUUUGUUCCUCUUUGGCUUUGCAAAAGCUUUCUUAUGUAAACAAAAACUACCCCUGAAAUUAUUAUUAUUAUUAUUACUAUUAUUAAUAAUAAUACCACUAGUGCUUUUCUUCUAGAAAAAAGGUGCCAGUACCCUGGAGAACCCCCAGAAAAAAGCACUGAUUAUUACAAAACGUGAAUCUCCCCAACUCAACUGGUUUUGGGGGCUUCUUGGCUUGCAGAUCUUAAUUCCUGAGUCCAGGCUCACCCUAUUCACACCUUCAAUGCCCUUAAGGCAGGAUUUGUGAGCACAGAGACAAUGGGGAGGUUUUUUUCAUUUCCUCCCUCCUUGCAGAGAAACAUUUGGUCAGUUUGGGAGAGUCAAAAUGGUUUCAGGACUGCCUUCCUGUACUGUUUCGGACAUGUGGUUUAUAUUUUUAUGUUCGUGUUUGCCUUGUACAUUUAAUUUACAUGUUUGAGACCUUAAAUUCUUAUAACAUUUAUUCCUGUUAUCCCCUUCAAAUGAACUCUUUUCCUGCUGAUCAUUUGCAACGGUGAGUUUUUCCUUGCGGACAUGUUUGGGCUUGCGCCGAGAGACGAAGAUGGCUCUUCACGGCUGAGGGUGUGCCUGCCUUUAAUAAGUAAAGGUAAAGGGACCCCGACCACUAGGUCCAGUGGUUGCGGCACUCAACUCGCUUUACUGGCCGAGGGAGCCGGCGUACAGCUUCUGGGUCAUGUGGCCAGCAUGACCAAGCCGCUUCUGGCGAACCAGAGCAGCGCACGGAAACGCCGUUUACCUUCCCGCCGGAGUGGUACCUAUUUAUCUACUUGCACUCUGACGUGCUUUCGAACUGCUAGGUUGGCAUGAACAGGGACCGAGCAACGGGAGCUCACCCCAUCGCGGGGAUUCGAACCGCCGACCUUCGGAUCAGCAAGUCCUAGGCUUUGGGGUUUAACCCACAGCACCACCUGCGUCCCAGUCCUGCCUUUAAUACAACAGGGCAGAAAGAUGCACCUGCUUGAAUCUUUAGGUGCGAGAGAACCAAGCUGCUGGGGGAGUUGUGGAAUCUAAAUUUCUGAAGCCAUCUAAGAUGUGUUUGACGGGCUGGUGGUGGGCUUCCCUCCAAGCGGAGUUGAACGAUCCACUUGCUUUUGCAUCGUGCCUUGCAGAUCUGGCACUGAGUCAGGGUCUGGAUGACUUCUUAAGGUCCCUUCCAACUCUAGGAUUCCAUGAAAUCCCCUUGAAUGGCACAUAGUAUAAGGCAGGCUCCAAUAAUAAUAAUAAUAAUAAUAAUAUGGGACGCGGGUGGCGCUGUGGGUAAAACCUCAGUGCCUAGGACUUGCUGAUCAUAAGGUCGGCGGUUUGAAUCCCCGCAACGGGGUGAGCUCCCGUUGCUCAGUCCCUGCUCCUGCCCACCUAGCAGUUCGAAAGCACCCUUAAGUGCAAGUAGAUAAAUAGGUACCUCUUUAUAGCGGGAAGGUAACGGUGUUUCCGUGUGUGGCGCUGGUGCUGGCUCGCCAGCUGCAGCUUCGUCACGCUGACCACGUGACCCGGAAGUGUCUUCAGACGGCGCCAGCUCACGGCCUCUUAAGCGAGAUGAGCACGCAACCCUAGAGUCGGACACGACUGGCCCGUACGGGCAGGGGUACCUUUACCUUUAAUAAUAAUAAUAAUUUAUUUAUUUGUGGCCCAUCCGGCUGGGUUGCCCCAGCCACUCCCGGUGUCCCCCAACAAAAAAUAUUUAAGAUGCAAUGCAACAUGAUGUUCCUUAGACCAUUUGCCCGUCUGUGCUCAGCAUUGACUUCCCUGGUUGGCACCAGACUCACAUCAGAGCCAGUCCGAUGCCCCCAUGGGGAACCCCAGAGGCAAAGCUCUGUGGGGCUUCAGGUAGCGGAGCAUCUCUAACCCUUACCUGGAGAGCCUGGAAUCGUACCUGGGACUUCAUGGGCACAAAGCCACUGACCACAAAUGGGACCAACCUUCUUUCAAAACCAUCUGAGUCGCUGGCCGUUGCAGAAGGGAGUUCCGCAGUUUCACUCUGCACUGUCCUUCCUUUAUACAUGUCCUGACCAGAGCCAGGCAGAGUAGAUAAUGUGCCCCCCCUUUUUUUUUUACCCUGGGGAUAACUGAAGUCUUAUAAAUAAGUAAGUAUAUAAAUAAUUUCCACAAACGUUAUGCUGACAAAUAAUUUUAUUUCAAGGCUCGAACCGUAUCAGCAUAUAAAGACAAAAUGGAAAAUAUAGAUAUACAAUAGUGCUUUUUAAAAAAUACAUAGGGAAAAGGAUUGUUUUAAGUAUUUACAUGCUUUCCUAGCUUUCUUUUCUGCGAAUUCUUGAAUUACGCAGAGAAAAUCAAGCAACUUCGCCUUAUCGUGGUUUAUGUCUAUCAUUGCUAAACCAUUUAGGCGUUCUUGAGCCAUUGUUGAUCGAUUGUGAAUACGCUGACCGAGGCCCCCUUUGGAAUCGGAGGCCCUGGCCAAGUGGCCCAUAUGGCCCCCCCCUUAUGUCUGGGCCUGGGUCUGACUCUUCCAACAUUCUGCGUUCCAGUGUUACGAGAGAGGGAGAGAAAUGUCCCUCUGUCCGCUUUCUCCAUGCCUUACACAAUUUCUUUCUGAAAUAGGGUCUGUUUACACAUAUUUACAACCCUGAAUCACCAUGCAUAAUUUCACAGACUUCUUUUGUGUUCACUUGCCUUUUUCUCUCUAAACUAAAAUGUCCCGACUGCUGCUGGCUUUCCUCCCUCGCUCCCUCCCUUUGUCCAUUUUGCUUGCUCUUUUUUUUCUGGAAUUUUAUCUCUUAGUUGCUGUUUACUUUCUUCCCAGGAUGGUCGAAGCCCUUCUCCAGCAAGGAGCGGACCCCAACUUGGUUCUGCCCGAGGGGAUUGCUGGCAUCCACCUUGCCGCCGGCAUGGAGCAGGAGAGUGGGAUCCGGUCCCUUGCCCUCAUCCUCCGGUAUGGCGGAGACCCCAAUAUCAGGUAUUCUGCAGGGUCCUUCUGCUACAUCCAUGGGGAAAUGAGCUCUGAACCCACCAGCGGACAUCUAGUGUGAGCGAACAUAUUUGGCAUCAGAUUACUUGCAUACCCUGUAGCGUUUCUCCGAUGAAAAUAGGGACAUCCUAUUUAAUAAUAAUAAUAAUAAAUAAAUUUACUAUUUAUACCCCACCCAUCUGACUGGGUUGCCCCAGGAAUUCUGGGCAGCUUCCAACAUACAGUGAAUGCUCAGGUUGUGAAUGUGAUCCGUGCGGGAGGCACGUUUGCAAUCCGCAGCACCACAUCUGCGCACACACGGAUUGCGAUUCGGUGCUUCGGCGCCAUGCGCAAAGCACGAUUUAGCGCUUCGGCGCAUGCGUGAGCACAGAAACCCGGAUGUAACCCGUUCCGGUACUUCUGGGUUUCGGCGCGUCCGUAUCCCGAAAACGCGCAAUGUGAAGCAUCUGUAACCUGAGGUAUGACUGUAAAGAUAAAACUUAAAACAUUACCAAAAAAAAUAAAUCCCUAUACGUGGCUGCCUUCAGAUGUCUUCUAAAGAUGAUAUAGUUACUUUUUUCUUAGACAUCUGAUGGGAGGGCAUUCCAGAGAGCAGGCACCAUCACCUGGUUCCCUAUAACCUCACUUCUCACAGGGUGGAAACUGCCAGAAGACCCUCGGAGCUGGACCUCGUGUCUGGGCUGAGCAAUGGGGGUGGAGAUGCUCCUUCAGGCAUACUGGGCCAAGGCCGUUUAGGGCAUUAAAAGUCAACACCAACACUUUGAAUGGUAGUUAGAAACGUACUGGGAGCUAAUGAAGAUCCUUUAGGACCGGUGUUAUAUGGUCCCGGCGGCCAUUCCCAGUCUGGCUGCCGCAUUCUGGAUUAGUUGUAGUUUCUGGGUCACCUUCAAAGGUAGCCCCACAAAGAGCGCAUUGCAGUAGUCCAAGUGGGAGAUAACCAGGGCAUGCACCACUCUGGUGAGACAAUGUGCAGGCAGGGAGGGUCUCAGCCUGCGUACCAGAUGGAGCUGGUAGACAGCUGCCCUGGACACAGAUUUGACCUGCACAUCCAGUGGUCUAUAAUAACAAUAACAAUAACAAUUUGUUAUUUAUACCUCGCCCAUCUGGCUGGGUUUCCCCAGCCACUCUGGGCGGCUUCCAACAAAAUAUUAAAAUACAAAAUAGUCCUUCAGAUAUUAAAAGCUUCCCUAAAGAGGGCUGCCUUCAGAUGUCUCCUAAAAGUCUGGUAGUUGUUUAUCUCUUUGACAUCUGGUGGGAGGGCGUUCCACAGGGCGGGCGCCACCACCGAGAAGGCCCUCUGCCUGGUUCCCUCUAACUUUGCUUCUUGCAGUGAGGGAACUGCCAGAAGGCCCUCGGAGCUGGACCUCCGUGUCCGGGCAGAACGAUGGGGGCGGAGACGCUCCUUCAGGUCUACUGGACCGAGGUCUGACCUCAAGAUAAUAAAAUUUUAACGUCAGGAACCAUGCAGAUCCAGAGACCUGCUUUACUUUAAAGGGAAAGAUUGUAGCUCAGUGAUAGAGCAUGCACACCUUGCAUGAAUCUCUGGGGGGGCUGGGGGGGCUGGGGAGGAGAGCUGCUGCCAGUAUUAAGAUGGGUUACAAUCCCCGGUUUUGCUUGUGAUUCAGGUCCGUGGACGGUCUCACCCCCUUGCAUGUGGCAGCGGCCUGGGGGUGCUAUACGUGUCUAAAGCUCUUGCUGAUGGAAGGAGGAGACCCCCACCUGAAAGACCAGGUAGGCCAGAGAGUUCUUGCCAUGGGGUGGGGGGGGGGGAGAGGGUUGCAGGGACACUUUCCUUCCUGCUGCCCUUAUACCACUCCUCUGUUGGGACCGACAUCUGACACGAAAGCCUGCCUUAUGCAAUCCUGGCACGUUUCUUUGCAUUCUGACUCGGAAGCAGGGUAGAUUUGAUUUAAAUCAAAUCGAUUUAAAUCACUAGCCAGUAAGACUUGAUUUAAAUCAUAUAUAUUUUUACAGAAAGACUCAUUCUUGCUGGUAUAAUCUUCAUAUUUACAACCACAUGAAGGUUUCGUUAUCGGAAUAAUACAUUUUCAGAGUACAGUGGACGCUCGGGUUACGAACAUGAUCCGUGCAGGAUUCACAUUCGCAACCCGCAGCGUUCGCAACCUGCAUCUCCGCACGCACGGGUUGUGAUUCGCCGCUUCUGCGCAUAACCCAUUCCGGUACUUCCGGGUUUCGGCAGUCCGCAACCAGAAAAAACACAACCUAAAGCGGCUGUAACCCGAGGUACGACUGUGCAGUCAUACCUUUGUUUUCGAACAGCUUAAUUCUCGAACAUUUUGGCUCCCAAAUGUCGCAUAUCCAGAAUUGAGUGUUCCAGUUUGCAAACUAUUUUUGGAAGCUGAACAUCCGACAGGGCUUCUGCAGCUUCUGAUUGGCUGCAGGACCUUCCUGCAACCAAUCAGAAGCCGCACUUUGUUUUCCGAACAUUUUGGAAGUUGAACGGACUUCCAGAAUGGAUUCCGUUUGACUUCCAAGGUACAACUGUAGUUUUUACAGUUAUAUCAAAAAUUUCUGAUUGGGUUACACUAUUAGAAAUACAUAGACAGCUAAUUAUGAAAUUAUUGUGAGGUUUAAUAAGUUAACUGUUUACAGUGGUACCUCGCAAGACGAAUUCCUCGCAAGACGAAAAACUCGCAAGAUGAAAGAGUUUUUCGUUUUUUGAGUUGCUUCGCAAGACAAAUUUCCCUAUGGGCUUGCUUCGCAAGACGAAGACAUCUUGCGAGUUUGUUUCCUUUUUCUUAAAACCGUUAAUACCGUUAAAACCGUGCUUCGCAAGACGAAAAAUUCGCAAGACGAAAAAACUCGCAGAACGAAUUAAUUUCGUCUUGCGAGGCACCACUGUAUAUUUUGAGAACUUUUCUGCUGUACUUUAUUGGAAAGAGAAAAGUAAUCAUUUCCUUAAUAACAAUUUAAGCUAUUUAACUAAAACAAUAGCAUUAUAGCAUAUGUAUACAUGUUUGUUAACUGAUGUGGUUAAACAAUUAAAAAAAAAACUUAGACUGAAAAACUUAAAACAAAUCCUUAUUUCUUGAUGAAUAGCCUUUGGACUAUAAUGUAACUUAAAUGGAAAACUAUCUUUAUAAAGAUUUUUCUUCCAAAAGCAUUUUAUUUUAAAAAUCCAAUUUAAAUUUUUAAAAAAUCUGAUUUUUUUAUUUUAUUUUUUAAAUCAUUGAUUUUUAUCCACCCUGCUCGGAAGUAAAAUCACAUCAGGUUCAAGCAGACUUGCUCCCAAGCGAGUGUCCGUGGAAUUACAGUCCGUGAUCGGAUGCAGCCAUGCUUCUGAAUACCAGUUCCUGGAACUGCAGGAAAGGAGAGUUGCUGUUGAGCUCGGACACUGCUUGCUGGUUUCCCUUUGAGGCAUCUGGUUGGGCUCUGUGGUAAAACGGGAUGCUGUCUGGGCCCCCUUUGACCCAAUCCAGCAGCCGUGCUCUUCUUCUAGUCAUAGCCUAGGACCCACGUACCUACGGGACCGCCUCUCCUGGUAUGCCCCGCGGAGGACCUUAAGGUCCACAAAUGACAACACCUUGUAUGCAAGGCCUGCAAGACAGAGCUGUUCCGCCUGGCCUUUGGUUUGGACUCAGUCUGACCCUUAUGUUUCCCUCCCCUUACGGUCUUGAUCUAUGGGAUACUUUUAAAAUGAGGCUCCAUUUUAAAUUGCAUUUUAACCUGUAUUUUAAAUGGUUUUUUAUUUUUAUUUUUUUAUUAUUAAUUGAAAUUUUAUUGAUGUUAGCCGGCCUGAGCCCGGCUCUGGCCGGGGAGUGCGGGGUAUAAAUGAAAUUAUUAUUAUUAUUAUUAUUAUUAUUAUUAUUAUUAUUAUUAUUGCAAAGAUAGAGUAGACCCACUGACUUCACGAGAAACCAUUCCAGGGAGAACUGAAGCACUGGCGGUUGACAAGUUGAAGCUGCGAAAUUGUUUCUUGGUUACCUGGCCCAUGUUAAUUAGACUAAGGAGGGGCAGGGAAGGGAACUUGGAUGGAGAGAACCAGCAAGCCAGAUUAGCUGGGGGGGGGAGGCCAGCUCCUUGGUCCUCUAGCUUCUUCUUUCUCCCAGGACGGGAACACUGCCAUCGACCUGGCUUUGGAGGAAGGGAAUGAGAUGUGCCUCCGUAUCUUGCAAGGGUUCCUGGACGAGACUGGAGAGGGGCAGCACCACUGGAUGAGUAAGUAGGGAGAAGCAAUCAAGCUCCCCGCCCCCCCCCCAUGCAAUGUUAUCUUCGCAUCCUAUCCCCCAAUUUCAAACUUUACAUUCUCAUUUGUUUGCUAUACCGUAACAGCUGCAGAAUGCCAGCAACUCCUGUUUCGUAUGACUUCCCUAAUUUCAGAGGCUCCAAUUAAAUAAUCCUAGUCUCUUUUGUCCCUCUCUUUCUUUUUUAUACAGGCUACCGAAGAGAAGAAAGCUUCCUCACCACCGUGACUGAAGACACCUUGAACCCUGGGCGGUCCUUGAGGCUUUAUGACGCUUGCCCCAUCCUCUCGGGCGGAAGCUUUCGGCAUCCUCCGGAUGAGAGCCUUCAGCAUGCGAAGCCACCCACCUUCCUUUCUCAUCCUCCAAACAGCCAAGAUAAAACUUCUUCCUUUGAGGACAGGAUCGCUUCUUCGUUCCUAACGGAGUGUUCUUUGGCUUCCAGCACUUUGUCCAAUCAGGGAGACCUCUGUGCUCAGCUGGCAGCCUCAUCUGGCUUGGGCGGCGUGCUUGGGCAGCCAGCCCCCAGUCCCUUGGCAAGACGGGGUUUUCACAUCGGAGGACCCGAGCCCCUCAAACCAGAUCUUGGCACAACCCAAACUCCUUGCGUCCAGAGCACUACAGCUAAGGGGUCCCCUUUGCCUCCAGACGGCACAUUUCCCCCCUCCACUUUAAUCGACCGUAAGCUGAGAGCGAGCCUCGAAAUCGCUAACAGAUCCCGGGAGAUCCCUGGGCCCUCUCCCACCCAUGCAGUUGUGUCCGAAUGUGAAGCAGAUCCCAUUGCCAGCAUGCAGGAUCCCAACGCCACCUUCAACCUCUCCCAGUAUGGCAGCUUCCUAGACCCAGACCUUGUGGUGAGAGCCACGGGCCACGAAGGGCUGGACGUCACCUCGCCCGAUCACGCCUACCUGUUCACCCGGGAGAAUGCUGCAGCCGUCUUGGACCUGGAAAAGACGGUCGUGGUCAAUGCGGAGUUCCUGCCUAGCAGCUGUGGGAAUCUGGGUGGAGGUGCUGAACGAGCCGAAUCAUAUAGUGAAAGCUCAAGCAGUGGCCAGUAUGCCUCAUGUGACAGCGAAUGUUACGCAAGCACUACGGAAGCACUCCGCUGUAGUGAGGCUCAGAACCAGGAGGGAAGGGAGGCCAGUUUCAGCUGUUCCACGUGUGUCUCCCACAAUACUGGGAGCAACAGUUUAAUGUCAGAAUUGUCCUUAGGCCUGUCUUCCAGAGGACCAGUAAGCAGCUCCAGAGAGCCGGUUGAGGCGUUUAGCGAGAGGAAUUCUCCUGCUAGGUCUGACCGCCUGAGACAUUUGUGUGACAGAAUUGGUUGUAAGGGGGCUUCUUCCGACACAUGCGCUGGGAGGCAACCUUUGGACCUGUGCAGCUUUGGGAAGGAUGAACGGCCCAAGAACGGCGGGCAGCCGGGUUUCUCCCAAACGUCCCAGGUUCUUGCAAAAUGCCCUUUGCAGAAGUGGGGGAACCAAGGCACAAAGUCUCUGCCAUUGAGGGAAACGCAGAAGCCAAGGAUUUCUGGAGCAGAGAACGAGCAUCUUUCAGAAAUUUCCUCUCCCAUCGUUGGGAGAGUUGGUACCUGGGAACAGCAAGGCAAACUAAAAGGAAGUGGGUCGCCUGAAGCUCAGGAGAGGUUGAGUACAGAGGAAAGGAGAGGAUUUCACUCCACGAGCACCAAGGAUGUAGAGGGGCACUUGUGGACUCCAGAAACGGUGCUCAUACAGAAGGCAUCUGAAGAGACGUCUUGCCUGGGGAAUGAGAGCCCUGUCCCUCCCGGGAUGGUCUGGGAUGCGGCUGAAACAAUGGCCGUCCCUCAUGAAACUCCUCCAAGCAUCAAAGAAGAGCCGGCCGGCUUGGAGGCCAAGCUGAGGUCAAUGAUGCUGGCAACCAGGGUCUGCCAUUCACCGCUGCUCCAGCCCCACCAAAGCCCCCGGCACGUUACGCCCCGAACCAAAAGCCGCAUGAUGGCCUCGGCCGCACACCAUGCCAGCUCUUCCUCCUCUCUCUUCGACGAGACCCUGGAGGUGCCACAGCGUCCCAGGCGGACAAGAAACCCUGGAGGGCAGGUUCCGGCCUCCGGCGAUAGGCAGGAUCGAUCCGCUGGCCCAAGGAACAGCGGCCUGCCUGGUGCGGCUGGAGGCAAGAACGGUGAACUCGAUGACACCUUAUUAAUAGGGGCUGGUCUCAGCAGCUGUGAGCCAGGCAGCUGCUCAGGGUCCCUCCCUUCGGGCUGCCCUCUCAUCAGCCCGGAUACACCAGGAAGUUCUGGGAGAGAUGUUUGCAGAGGGUAUGACCGUUCUGACACCAAAUGUGGCAGCGACUGUGCGACAGAUUCAGAGGAAGAGCUUCCUUUGAAGGAGGAGAAGCUGCCACCAGGGAAUGGUGUCCAAGAAAGACUGGAUGCUGUGCUGCCUCGGGGUGAACCUGAGCGGCUAAGUGCCAGGCGUGGUAGGACCAAGAGGCAGGCCAAUCGCUCGCGAGUGAGCUUCAGCCGGCUGCCUGCACCGAGAGUGUCCACCUGCCCGUCCGGACGGAUGAGUCCCAUUGCCCAAGAUGUCCAGCUGUCGCCCGGUGGCCGGCCCGUGAACCUGAGCGCCACUGAGCCCGUGGAAUACCUUUACGAGGAUGAAGGGCACGCCCUCGUGGAGCGCCACAUCCCUUGCACGGACGACUCUGUGGCCAACACCACCAGCUCCGAAGACACCGUCAUCUACGACUGGCGGGCAUACACCGGUCAAGCGGCCGGGCCAGCAGAUGUGGGCAGCAGCUCUCCACCAGCCGCCUCUGAGCUGAGCCGCCUCUCAGACGAAGCGUUAGUCCGGCAGCUUCGAGACUUCGGCGUCAACCCGGGUCCUGUAACGGGACUCACCAGGAAAAUUUACCUGCAGCUACUUGAGAAGCUGAUGAGCGACCCGAAGACCAAGGCCCGGAAGGGCUCUGCAGGUGAGUGGCUGCUUUGCCUGGGGGUAGGGGAGGGCCUCAGCCCAUUGAUGGAGGCCUUCUUUCCAUGCAGAAGGUCCCGGGUUCAACCCCUCCGGGGCAUAGCUGUCAAUGUUUCCCUUUUUUUAAGGGAAAUUCCCUUAUUCCGAAUAGGAUUCCUCGCAAGAAAAGGGGAAACUUGACAGCUAUGCUCCAGGGUCAUCUCCAGAAAGGGCAUCCCAUGUGCUUCUUUGCCUUUAACUGACAUGCCUUUAAAGUUGUGGGAGGGAGGUUUACAUAUGGUUUACAUAUCUCUUUUGCUGAUUCUAAUUUGUAGGCUAAGGGGAUGAGAGCUCCUGUUAAAAAUAAUAAUAUUAAUACACGAAUCCCCACCACCACACACACUUACACCUGUUCUGAUCUAGAAUCAUAGAAUCAUAGAGUUGGAAGAGACCACAAGGGCCAUCGAGUCCAACCCCCUGCCAAGCAGGAAACACCAUCAGAGCAUUCCUGACAUAUGGUUGUCAAGCCUCUGCUUAAAGACCUCCAAAGAAGGAGACUCCACCACACUCCUUGGCAGCAAAUUCCACUGUCAAACAGCUCUUACUGUCAGGAAGUUCUUCCUAAUGUUUAGGUGGAAUCUUCUUUCUUGUAGUUUGGAUCCAUUGCUCCGUGUCCGCUUCUCUGGAGCAGCAGAAAACAACCUUUCUCCCUCCUCUAUGUGACAUCCUUUUAUAUAUUUGAACAUGGCUAUCAUAUCACCCCUUAACCUCCUCUUCUCCAGGCUAAACAUGCCCAGCUCCCUUAGCCGUUCCUCAUAAGGCAUCGUUUCCAGGCCUUUGACCAUCUUGGUUGCCCUCCUCUGGACACGUUCCAGUUUGUCAGUGUCCUUCUUGAACUGUGGUGCCCAGAACUGGACACAGUACUCCAGGUGAGGUCUGACCAGAGCAGAAUACAGUGGCACUAUUCCUUCCCUUGAUCUAGAUGCUAUACUCCUAUUGAUGCAGCCCAGAAUUGCGUUGGCUUUUUUAGCUGCCGCGUCACACUGUUGGCUCAUGUCAAGUUUGUGGUCAACCAAGACUCCUAGAUCCUUUUCACAUGUACUGUUCUCAAGCCAGGUGUCACCCAUCUAGGGCUGGACGAUAUCUGGUUUUCAACAUCGCAAUAUAUCACCAGCUAAACAUCGUGCAAUGUUGAUACAGUGGUACCUUUGGUUGCGAACAGGAUCCAUUUCAAAGCCCCAUUCGCAACAUGAGCAGAACGCAACCUGCGUCUGUGCGGGUCAUGAUUCGCUGUUUCUGUGCAUGCACGUGACGCCAUUUUGAGCAUCUGUACAUGCGUGAGCGGCGAAACCCAGAAGUAACCCUUUCUGGUACUUCCGGAUCGCCGCAGGACGCAACCUGAAAAGAUUUGACCCGAAGCGUCUUUAAGCCGAGGUAUGACUGUAUAUCACAACAUCUGACAUAAGAAUGGAGCUGUGUAGAGGCACGGGCUGGCUUCACAGUUUUUCCCACAUUGUGAUUUUUGCAUAACACACACACGAUUCGCGAUAUAUUGCCAGUUCCAAAAUUAUGAAAUCGAUAUCACAACUGGGCUUCAAACCAGUUUAGGACGAUAUAGCAAUAUAUCGCUCAGCCCUAUUCUGCUCAUGCACGAUUUAACAAAGUCUCUCCGCUGUGAUCGUAUAUUGAGAUAUAUUGAGAUAAUAUUCCAUCGUUCUUUCCUUGUUACGUGUCGUGUGCGUCUCUCCACCAUGUGUUAACAAACUUCUCUGUUUGGGUGGGGGUGGCGUUGUCUGUUCUUCACUCGCCUCCAGGCUACAGCCCGGAAUUGUCUUCUGCCCUGGACACUUACCAGAUCCCAGAUGGCCAGGAGGACGAGAUGGCUUUGGCCAGGCAGUUCGACCAGCCGGACAAGAGCCGCAAGUGGAGGGAGGGUCUUCUCAAGUCCAGCUUCAACUACCUGCUCCUGGAUCCCAGGUGUGGAAGCUUUUCCCCGACUCUGCCAUCCCGGCUGCCCCUGGGGGGGAAAGGAGGCAAUUCCUACCUUUUCAGACUCAGCUGAGUUUUGGGCGAAGACUGGGGGUGUAGUUUGACAGCGUGCAGUCUUCUCUACGGAACAGAACCCUCAGGGUGUUGCCAGGCCUCUCUGGCCAUGCGAGGAAAGGGCUUGGAGACCCUCUCUCCUUGCCUCUGCUCCACGGCCUCACAGCCCCAUCUGAUCACCAGUUCAAACGGAGAAGAGCUUGUCAGCUGGUAGAGCACAAGUCUCUUCAUCUCAGGGUUGUGGGUUCGAGCAUUGCAGGGGUUGGACUAGAUCAGGGUUUCCCAAACUUGGGUCCCCAGCUGUUUUCGGACUACAACUCCCAUCAUCCCUAGCUAGCAGGAACAGUGGUCAGCGAUGAUGGGAAUUGUAGUAGUAAUAAUAAUAAAAAAAUUUUAUUUAUACCCCGCCCUUCCUGGUUCAAAAACCGGGCUCAGGGCGGCUAACAACAAAUUUAAAACACUUACCGUAUUUUUCGCUCUAUAACACGCACCCGACCAUAACACGCACGUAGUUUUUAGAGGAGGAAAAUCCGUAGGCAUGCCACCCGUAGGCAUUUCCUCCAUAACACGCACAGACAUUUCCCCUUACUUCUAGGAGGAAAAAAGUGAGUGUUAUGGUGCAAAAAAUACGGUAAUUAUAAAAGCAGCAUAAAAUACGGUAUAAAAACAUGAAUAACAAUAAAAAUCAAAAAUCAGUUAUAUAAUCCCCAGGGCUAGCUGGCUGAAUUGGUCCUGUUUGGGCCAGCGAGGAGGCCAGGGCAGAAUUAGCUGUGGGGUCUCAGAGCGGGUGAGGGAAGAGAAGAGCAAUAAAAGAUCAGGCUGAAUUCAAAUUAAAGGCCAGGCGGAAUAGCUCUGUCUUACAGGCCCGACGGAAGGAGGUUAAAUCCUGAAGGGCCCUGGUCUCAUCCUCAGAAAACAGCUGAGGACCCAAGUUUGGGAAACGCUGGACUUAGGUGACCCUGAUGGUCCCUUCCAAAUCUGCAGUUCUACGAUUCUGUGACCCAGGGGUGGGAAAGCUCAAGCCCAGGCGUCCAAGGGCCAAAUUCUCCCCAGGCCACACAGAACAUCCUUGCCAGUCCUGCUUUGCAUACCCACCCACAUCCCAGGUGUUUUGGCCUGGCUGGGAUGCACCCUUGGAACUCCACGCCACUAGGUUACCUGGAUGGAAGUAACAUUUUCAUCCAUGUCUCCACCUGCUUUUGCCUCUGUCCCUGCACGUCGCCUCUGGAUGGGAAUGCAGCCCUUGAGCUGAGGGAAAGGGUUCCUGAUCCCCGAUCUAGGGGGUUGCAUUUUGUGAGUGCAUGUGUCUCACAGAGACUAUAUUGUGCCUCCUAAUAUCCCCCUAAGAACAUAAGAGCCUGCCUGUUCCCACAGUGGCUGACCAGAUGCCUCCAAGGGAACGCGACAGGCAGGGCACAAUCGCAAGGGCCGUCACCCCCCUGCCAUUUCCAGGAGCUGGUGCUCAGAAACAUGGUCACCUUCAACCGUGGAAGCAGAGCUUGGCCAUCAUGGCUGGCAGCUCCUCCACGAAUUUGUCCAGUCGCCUCUUAAAGCCCUCCGGGUUAGAUAUAAUAAUAAUAAUUGAUUAUUUAUACCCCAUCCAUCUGGCUGAGUUUCCUCAGCCACUCUGGGCGGCUCCCAAUCGAGUGUUAAAAACAAUACAGCAUUAAAUUUUUAAAACUUCCCUAAACAGGGCUGCCUUCAGAUGUCUUUUAAAAAUAAGAUAGCUGCUUAUUUCCUUGACAUCUGGUGGGAGGGCGUUCCACAGGACAGGCGCCACCACCAAGAAGGCCUCUGGUUCCCUGUAACCUCACCACCAAGAAGGCCAUCUGGUUCCCUGUAAUCUCACUUCUCGCAAUGAGGGAACCGCCAGAAGGCCCUUGGCGCUGGAUCUCAGUGUCCGGGCUGAACGAUGGGGGUGGAGACGCUCCUUCAGGUAUAAUGGACCAAGGCCAUUUAGGGCUUUAAAGGUCAGCACCAACACUUUGAAUUGUGCUCGGAAAUGUACUGGGAGCCAAUGCAGAUCUCUCAGGACCAGUGUUAUGUGGUCCCGGCGGCCACUCCCAGUCACCAGUCUAGCUGCCGCAUUCUGGAUUAGUUGCAGUUUCCGGGUCACCUUCAAAGGUAGCCCCACGUGGAGCGCAUUGCAGUAGUCUGAGCGGGAGAUAACUAGAGCAUGCACCACUCUGGCGAGACAGUCUGCGGGCAGGUAGGGUCUCAGCCUGCGUACCAGGUGGAGCUGGUAGACAGCCGGUUGUUGGUCCAUCGCUGCCUCCUGUGGCGGCGAGUUCCGCCAGUUAACUCUGCCCUUCUGCCUGUGCCCGACAGAGUGACCCAGAACCUGCCCUUCCGCAGCCAGUACAUCAGCCGGGCCGAGUGUUUCCGGACAUUCAUCAGCGCCAUCUUCUACGUGGGCAAGGGGAAGCGCUCCCGGCCGUACUGCCACCUCUACGAAGCCUUGACGCACUACCAGCAGAGCCGGAGGAAGCAAGGCAGACAGGUGCAGGCAGCGCAAAGACUGGAGUGGUGCCCUGCUCUCCCCUCCGGCCCUCCCCUGCUUUGAGGCAAAUGCCACAGGGUGGGGGGUCAGGCCAGAAAGAUGCAGUGGCCAAGAUGCACCCGCCAGUCAACUUCUGGACAGAGCGCAGGGGUGCCAGCUUGAAUAAAAUACUGGGGGAGGGGGACGCAUUGGCCCGCUCCCUGCUGGAAGGGGGGAGGCCGGAGCCAAGCGAGCGCUUGGCUUUUAUGCUUACCUGGGAAGAAGACCUGAGCCUAAAAGACUUCUUUAAGCUGAUAAAUAACGCCAGUAGAUAAGGUACCGCUCUGGCGGGAAGGUAAACGGCGUUUCCGUGCGCUGCUCUGGUUCGCCAGAAGUGGCUUAGUCAUGCUGGCCACAUGACCCAGAAGCUGUACGCCGGCUCCCUCGGCCAAUAAACCUUUACCUUUACAACGUUUAUAAGGACUAGUAAUGUAACAAUAUCACUAUGCCCAGAAGUUAUGUGUUUAUGUUGUUGUUGUUUAGUCGUUUAGUCGUGUCCGACUCUUUGUGACCCCCUGGACCAGAGCACGCCAGGCCCUCCUGUCUUCCACUGCCUCCCGCAGUUUGGUCAAACACUUGCUGGUAGCUUCGAGAACACUGUCCCACCAUCUCGUCCUCUGUCGUCCCCUUCUCCUUGUGCCCUCCAUCUUUCCCAACAUCAGGGUCUUUUCCAGGGAGUCUUCUCUUCUCAUGAGGUGGCCAAAGUAUUGGAGCCUCAGCUUCACAAUCUGUCCUUCCAGUGAGCAUCCAGGGCUAAUUUCCUUAAGAAUGGAUGCGUUUGAUCUUCUUGCAGUCCAUGGGACUCUCAAGAGUCUCCUCCAGCACCAUAAUUCAAAAGCAUCAAUUCUUCGGCGAUCAGCCUUCUUUAUGGUCCAGCUCUCACUUCCAUACAUCACUACUGGGAAAACCAUGGCUUUAACUAUACGGACCUUUGUUGGCAAGGUGAUGUCUCUGCUUUUUAAUAUGCUGUCUAGGUUUGUCUUUGCUUUUCUCCCAAGGAGCAGGCGUCUUUUAAUUUCGUGACUGCUGUCAUCAUCUGCAGUAAUCAUGGAGCCCAAGAAAGUAAAAUCUCUCACUGCCUCCAUUUCUCCCCCUUCUAUUUGCCAGGAGGUGAUGGGACCAGUGGCCAUGAUCUUUGUUUUUUUGAUGUUGAGCUUCAGACCAUAUUUUGCGCUCUCCUCUUUCACCCUCAUUAAAAGGUUCUUUAAUUCCUCCUCACUUUCCGCCAUCAAGGUUGUGUCAUCUGCAUAUCUGAGGUUGUUGAUAUUUCUUCCGGCGAUCUUAAUUCCAGCUUGGGAUUCAUCCAGCCCAGCCUUUCUCAUGAUGAAUUCUGCAUAUAAGUUAAAUAAGCAGGGAGACAGUAUACAGCCUUGCCAUACUCCUUUCCCAAUUUUGAACCAAUCAGUUGUUCCAUAUCCAGUUCUAACUGUAGCUUCUUGUCCCACAUAGAGAUUUCUCAGGAGACAGAUGAGGUGAUCAGGCACUCCCAUCUCUUUAAGAACUUGCCAUAGUUUGCUGUGGUCGACACAGUCAAAGGCUUUUGCAUAGUCAAUGAAGCAGAAGUAGAUGUCUUUUUGGAACUCUUUAGCUUUCUCCAUAAUCCAGCGCAUGUUUGCAAUUUGGUCUCUGGUUCCUCUGCCCCUUCGAAAUCCAGCUUGCACUUCUGGGAGUUCUCGGUCCACAUACUGCUUAAGCCUGCCUUGUAGAAUUUUAAGCAUAACCUUGCUAGCGUGUGAAAUGAGUGCAAUUGUGCGGUAGUUGGAGCAUUCUUUGGCACUGCCCUUCUUUGGGAUUGGGAUGUUGACUGAUCUUCUCCAAUGCUCUGGCCACUGCUGAGUUUUCCAAAUUUGCUGACAUAUUGAGUGUAGCACCUUAACAGCAUCAUCGUUUAAAAUUUUAAAUAGCUCAGCUGGAAUAUCAUCACUUAUGUGUUUAUAGUUUUUGCUAACUAUCAAUACAGUUCUAGUUACGGGUAGGUAGCCAUGUUGGCCUGCCAUAGUUGAAAUUUAAAAAAAAAUCCUUCCAGUAGCACCUUAAAGGUAAAGGGACCCCUGACCAUUAGUUCCAGUCGUGGCCGGCUGACUCUGGGGUUGCGGCGCUCAUCUCGCUUUACUGGCCGAGGGAGCCGGUGUACAGCUUCCGGGUCAUGUGGCCAGCAGGACUAAGCCGCUUCCGGCGAACCAGAGCAGCGCAUGGAAACGCCGUUUACCUUCCUGCCGGAGCAGUACCUAUUGAUCUACUUGCACUUUGACGUGCUUUUGAACUGCUAGGUUGGCAGGAGCAGGGACCGAGCAACGGGAGCUCACCCCGUCGCAGGGAUUCGAACCGCCGACCUUCUGAUCGGCAAGUCCUAGGCUCUGUGGUUUAACCCACAGCGCCACCCGCGUCCCAUAGUAGCACCUUAGAGACCAACUAAGUUUGUUAUUGGUAUGAGCUUUCGUGUGCAGGCACACUUCUUCUAUCAAUACAGUCUUGCCCAAUUUGCUACGUCUGACAACCGCUUCCAAGGCCUGGGCGCAGGAGGCGAUGGUGCCCAAGCUGAGGCCAGGAGCUGGGGGACAACAGCAGACCCAGCCCAGGCACCCUCUCCCCGCCAGGCAGUGGCACCCAAGUCCCCUCUAUGGCUCAAAGGGAGCCAGGCCUAGGCAGGUGGGUGGGCGGUUGGGUGCCUUACCUGCACUCUCAAGAGGAAGAGGAGGCUGGGGCAGCUCAGACCCAGUCCAUUUUACCCCCCACCCGCAUUUGGGAGGAGCAAAGGGGUCCAAGACCCUUUGGCACCUAUGAAACCGUGUUGGGCUGCCGUCUUCCUGUCUUGGCAGCUGUUUUUUCAGAAGCAUCUGGAUGAGUCAGGCCCUUUUUGGCAGAGGUGGACAUCCUGUCUUGAAACAGACCUGAAAGCAAACACUUGUUUUCUGCCACUAACCCGCUCCCUUGCUUUCCUCCAGGCCUGCUCCAAAGUCCAGCAUAUCCUGGAAAUCUGGGCCAGCGGGCAGGGGGUCAUCUCCAUGCAUUGCUUCCAGAACGUCAUUCCGGUGGAAGCCUACACGAGAGAAGCCUGCAUGGUGGAUGCCAUCGGUAAGACGCAUGCCAGACGGGGCUAAGGCUGAAGGGCAGGCUCCAUCCCAGGAUAGCUCAGUCGGUAGAGCAGGAGCCUCUUAAUUUCAGGGUCAUGGGUUUGAUCCCCACGUUGGGGAUGUGCCCUUUUAAAAUGUGUCAGGGAAGGGAGGAUUACUGUGUUGUUAUUCAUAGAAUCAUAGAAUCAUAGAGUUGGAAUAUACCACAAGGGCCAUCGAGUCCAACCCCCUGCCAAGCAGGAAACUCCAUCAGAGCACUCCUGACAUAUGGUUGUCAAGCCUCUGCUUAAAGACCUCCAAAGAAGGAGACUCCACCACACUCCUUGGCAGCAAAUUCCACUGUCGAACAGCUCUUACUGUCAGGAAGUUCUUCCUAAUGUUUAGGUGGAAUCUUCUUUCUUGUAGUUUGGAUCCAUUGCUCCGUGUCCGCUUCUCUGGAGCAGCAGAAAACAACCUUUCUCCCUCCUCUAUGUGACAUCCUUUUAUAUAUUUGAACAUGGCUAUCAUAUCACCCCUCCUCUUCUCCAGGCUAAACAUGCCCAGCUCCCUUAGCCGUUCCUCAUAAGGUAUCGUUUCCAGGCCUUUGACCAUUUUGGUUGCCCUCCUCUGGACACGUUCCAGUUUCUCAGUGUCCUUCUUGAACUGUGGUGCCCAGAACUGGACACAGUACUCCAGGUGAGGUCUGACCAGAGCAGAAUACAGUGGCACUAUUACUUCCCUUGAUCUAGAUGCUAUACUCCUAUUGAUGCAGCCCAGAAUUGCAUUGGCUAUUGUUAUUGUUGUUGUUGUUAUAAUAACACUUUGGAGGCCCUGGUCACAAGGUGGUUAGAUUGGUCUCAGCUAGGGUCAUGCUGGCCACAUGACCCAGAAGCUGUACGCCGGCUCCCUCGGCCAAUAAAGUGAAAUGAGCGCCGCAACCCCAGAGUCGUCUGCGACUGGACCUAAUGGUCAGGGGUCCCUUUACCUUUAUGGCCAGGGCCUUUUCAGUACUGGCCCCGACUUGGUGGAACGCUCUGUCCCAAGAGACUAGGGCCCUGCGGGACUUGACAUCUUUCCGCAGGGCCUGCAAGACAGAGCUGUUCCGCCUGGCCUUUGGUUUGGACUCAGUCUGACCUUUAUGUUUCCCUCCCCAUUACGGUCUUUAUUUAUCGGCUACUUUAAAAUGAGGCUGCAUUUUAAAUUGCAUUUUAACCUGUAUUUUAAAUUGGGUUUCCCCCCCCCCCCCAUUAUAUUUUUACUGUAAUUUUACUGGCGUUAACCACCCUGAGCCCGACUCUGGCCAGGGAGGGCGGGGUAUAAAUAAUAAAAUUAUUAUUAUUAUAAUUAAUUUAUUAUUGUUGUUUUUAUUUUGAUUAUGCAUUUUGUAUUUUAUGUUGUGAUUUUCCAUCUUGUGAACCGCCCUGAGACCUGUGGGAAUAGGGCGGUUUAAUUACUAAAUAAAUAAAUAAGAAAGAGAGAUGAUAGCUCAUAGCUCCAUAGGGUCAAGCUGCACUUCCUGGAAGCGGUCAUCCGAAUAGGACUGGGACCACCACAUUGCUACCCCCCGCCCAGUCCUAAUUCAGACAUCUGUUCCGGGGGGGGGGGGAUAUACCGUGGUCAGUGGUAUCGAAAGCCACUGGGAGAUCUAGGGAAAUCAACCGGCUCACGCUCCCCCUGUGUCUUCUUCCAGGGCUGAAGAUGCUGACCAAUCAGAAGAAAGGGAAUUACUACGGCAUCGUGGCGGGCUGGCCUAUGAGGCGGAGGCGCUGCCUGGGCACCCACCUCCUUCACAGAGCCAUGCAGAUCUUCCUGGCAGAGGGGGAGCGGCAGCUGCGACCCGCGGACAUCCGCACAGGCCAGUGACAGCUACCUGGCUCGCGAGGCUCUCGGCGCGGCCAGCACCCAACCACCUGGGUCCGACACGAUGCCCGUGGCCUGGUCAAGGCAGUUGUCACAUUAUGCCCGAGGCGUUGGGCUAGGACAGGCUUCCUCCACCUCAGCCCUCCAGAUGUUUGGCCUACAACUCCCAUGAUCCCUAGCUAGCAGGACCAGUGGUCAGGGAUGCUGGGAAUUGUUGUCUCAAAACAUCUGGAGGGCCGAGGUUGAGGAUGCCUGGACUAGGACUUGCCUUGUUGGCUCCCCGCCCCCCCUCCAGCUUGGCUUGGAGUUGGGAGUUCAUGGGGAAUGUAGAACUCCCUGCCACUGGAUUCCCCAAUGUCUCAACAGGAGAAAAGGAUCAGUGUUGGACAAGCUUGAAUUCGCUCUUGAUGCACAUUGACAGAAUUGAAUGUUCAUCUCUCUCUUUAAACAGAGUCUCCUGUGCCCUUCUCAGAAACAGAUAUAUAUGUAGCCGUCGGUCGUGUGCUUUUACUGUUUUUAAUUCUGUAAUUUAUGCUUUUGUGCUUUUUUAUACGUGGCUUUCUCGUUCAGUCCCCCUCUCCUUCGGAUCAUGUAGAGUUGGUGAAAAAUUAAAUGUUUUUCUAGGAUCGGGC